CUUAUCUCUGUAAAAGAGUAUCAGAUUCUGGUGUUUUUUCUACUCUUAAAAUCUUAUGAAUAAUAAAUGAAUCAACAGCAGCAGCAGCAGCAAUAGCUUACGGUUUAGAUAAAAGAAUAACAAGUGAAAAAAAAUGUUCUUAUAUUUGAUUUGGGAGGUGGUACAUUUGAUGUAUCUAUAUUUGUUAUUGAUAAUGAUGUUUUUGAAGUCAAAUCAACAGCCAAUGAUACACAUUUGGGUGGUGAAGAUUUUUAUAAUCGAAUGAUAACACAUUUUCUACAAGAAUUUUAAAAAAAAAUCAGUGAGGAUCUAUCACAAUAUUCACAUACUCAAUGACGAUUACGUACAGUAUGUGAACGAGCAAAAGUGAGUAUAAAAUNAUAAAAUUAAUUUUGUAUUAGAAAAAAUUAAAUAAUUUGAUGUUUUGUUUCUUUUCUUUAACAGUGCACAUUGUUAACAUCAGCUGAAACAACAAUUGAAAUUGAUUUUCUUCAUGAAGGUAUCGAUUUUCAUAUAUCAAUAACAAGAUUACGAUUCAAAGAAUUAUGUGUUGAUCUAUUUCGUACGACACUUGAACCAGUAGAAAAUGUUCUACGGCAUACAAGAAUGGAUAAAUUAAAGAGCGAUGAAAUUGUACUUGUUGGUGGUUCAAAACGAAUUUCAAAAGUAAAAUAA